AUUCAAACUUCUUGUCUCAGAAAGUUUCCAUUUUGCGGGGACAAUGAUUUGGGAGCUUUACUGGUUAGGGUUUCGUGAUUCUACCAUUAAAUUAUUUAUAUUUAUGUGUGCUAGCAGCCUAGGAAAAAAUUAAAAUUAUGGAUCGUUCAAGAAAAGGAUGAUUGAUUUGGCUUAAUUAUCUGGUCAUAUUGUUACUUUCUGGGUGGGGGUGUGUCAUGUGUGUACGAGAUAAUGGGAAAGUGGUGCUUUCACAGGACUACAAAGAAGAAGAAUAAAUUCUUUAAAAAAGAGAAGCAGCAGAAAGCAGUGAUUGGAGUUUUGGCCUUCGAAGUUGCAAGAGUCAUGUGUAGGCUGCUCCAUCUAUGGACAACUCUGAGCGAUGAACAAGUUAACAGGCUCAGACAAUAUAUUUUAAAUUCCGUGGGUAUAGAAAAGCUUGUGUCAGAUGACAAUGAGUUCAUACUAGGUUUAAUAUCCAGCGAAUUGUUUGAGAAUGUGGUCACUGUGGCAAAAUAUGUGGCCAGGCUCGGGAAGAAUCAUUCUUCUCAUCCUAGUUUGAAGGCUUUUGAGCAAGCUAUUAGUGAUUGGAUCCAUAAUGGUGUUGACCCUUAUGGAUGGCAACUUUCAUGGGAGAAGAUGGAAGGGGAGGCCAAGAUGAUGAAGGAGUUCAUUUCAAAAAAUGCAGAUUUGUAUGACAAGAUGAAACUUCUUUCGGAUCUUGAACAUACUUUGAAAGACAUCACUGCCACCUUAGAUGGUCCAAUUUUGCUCGAGUUUCAGAACAAGGUAGAGCUGAAGCGGCGCGAGGUGGAGAAUUUGAAAGAGGCCUCUCUGUGGAACACGACUUACGAUUACGUAGGCAUCCUUUUGGCAACAUCUGUCUUCACAAUUGUCAGUAGGAUCAAGCAUGUUUUUGGAUUGCCUAAACUUAUAACAGAUGCUGAAACCAAAGAUUCUGACCACAUUAGUCCUAGUCCAUCAAUCUUUAGCAAGCACAAGCUGUUGGAUGCUCCCCCCGACACACUAGGUGCUGCCGCCUUAGCACUGCACUAUGCAAAUAUUAUUCUCAAAAUUGAAACUUUAGCGUUAUAUCCUUCUAGGUGUCAUCGGGUCGACAGAAAUGACCUGUACAGUAUGUUGCCUGGAAGUAUCAGAGCUGAGCUAAAUGAAAGGCUGCCCUGCAUUGAGGGCUCGACUUUAUCACUGCCCUGCAUUGAAAGCACGACUUCAGCACUUGAAGAUCUUCCAAAGUUGGAGGAGUCAAUUCAGGCAACAAUUAAAACAAUAGAAUGGGUAUCACCGCUUGCUCGUAAUAUGAAGAAAUGGCAAUCCAAGUGGAACAUUCAACAGAAAGCCCAGAAAGCCUCUGUUUUCAGUCAUCCUGUGCUUCUGGUACAAACCCUCUACUUUGCAAAUCAUCAGAAGACAGAAGCAACAAUUACGGAUCUUCUUGUUGGUAUGCAUUACACCUAUAAUCUUAAAAGACAAGUCAAGGCAAAAUCUAUGCUAGAGAGAGGCCGCAACUCGCUUAAAAUAAAAGCAGCCAACUUAGAAGCCCAAAACGAAGCCCUGGUCUCCAUUGACGGAGAUCAUACUGUCUGAUAUUUUCUUCUUCAUUUGUUUCGAAAGAGCUCAUCAACUCUUGUAGAUGCAAGAACAUGUUUUAUCAGCUUGAUUAGCAGUAUAGUAUUCCCUGGAACUGUAUGAUAUAGAAAAGUGCUGCAUCACUUUCAUUUAUCACUUUGAUUUUGCCUUGCUCUUUUAGAUGUUGGGUUCUGAAUUUCACCUAGCAAGUACAACGCUUGUGGUGUUCUGAGUGUAAAUUGA